GGAUGUUGAAGUUUGUGGUUGUUUUAUCGCUGGUGGCCCUUGCGGUGCACGCGCAGGAUGCGUCGCGGCCCAUUAUUAACACGAGCGGCGGCCAGAUCCAGGGCAUAACGGCCAGCUGCGGGCUGUUCUGUAGCUACUUUGCCUUCAACGGCAUCCCGUACGCGCAGCCGCCGGUUGGUGAGCUGCGUUUCCGCAACCCCCGGCCGCACGGCGGCUGGCAGGGCGUGAAGGAUGGCAGCGAGCACCGCAGCACCUGCCCGUCCGGCGGCUUCCUGGGCGGCGUGUCCGGCAGCGAGGACUGUCUCUACCUGAACGUGUACACGCAGAACCUGAUCGGGUCGCGGCCGGUCAUGGUGUGGAUCCACGGCGGCUCGUUCACCGGCGGGUCGGGCAACUCGUGGAUCUACGGCCCGGACAACCUGAUGCCGGAGGACGUGGUGGUCGUCACGAUCAACUACCGGCUGGGCAUACUCGGCUUCUUCAGCACGGACGAUGUGCACGCGGCCGGCAACUGGGGCAUGAAGGAUUGCGUGAUGGCGCUGCAGUGGGUGCGCCAGAACAUUGCCGCGUUCGGCGGCGACCCGAACAACGUGACCAUCUUCGGCGAGAGCGCGGGCGGCGUGGCCGUCCACUAUCUGGUGCUGUCGAACAAGGCGAGCGGCCUGUUCCACAAGGCGAUCGCCCAGUCCGGCACGGCGCUGGUGCCGUGGGGCUUCCAGUACCGGCCGCGCGAGCUCGCCUACCGGCUGGCCGACCGGUUCGGGUACUCGCACGACAGCGCGACGCUGGUGCAGAGCCUGCGCAACACCCCGAUCGAGACGCUGAUCGAGACGCAGGAGGGCUGGCUGGACAUCGAGAUACCGCGCGGCUUCAAGCCGUUCGACUUUGUGCCGAACGCGGAACCGGUCAACUCGCCGGAGGAAACGUUCCUCACCCAGCUGCCGAUCGACAUCAUCAACGCCGGCACGUUCAACCACGUGCCGUUCAUUGCCGGGUACAUGAGCAUGGAGAGCCUGUUCAUGGUGUACGAGCACACGAUCGACAGCACGGUGUGGAACGCGUUCACGCGCAACCCGGACUACUUCGUGCCGCACUUCUGGAACAUCCCGCACGGUACGGCCGCGUCGGCCGCCGUCAGCCAGGGCAUCCGCAACGCGUACUGGCAGGACCGGCCGCUCGGCGACGACAUCAUGGUGGAGUGGCUGACCUUCCACACCGACCAGCAGUUCAUCUACGCGAUCGACAAGACGGUGCGGCUGCACGCACAGCGCUCCAGCGCCCCGACCUACUACUAUCAGUUCAGCUUCGACGGCGAUCUGAAUCUGGUGAAGCGCGUGCUGAUGCUGGGCAGCUGGCCGGGCGCAAUGCACGCCGACGACAUCCCGUACCUGUGGUCGGUGACGGAUCUGACCAUCUCGCCGAUCCUGCCGACGAACCAUGCGCGCACGGUCAGCAACCGGUUCGUGCGACUGUUCACCAACUUUGCCCGGUUUGGCAAUCCGACGCCGAACGCGGUCGACACGCUGCUGCAGAGCCGCCAGUGGCAGCCGGUCACGGCCGCCACCGUACACUACAUGGACAUUGGGCACGAUCUGGUGACGGGCGUGAACCCGAACGGCCAGCGGACGGCCGUGUGGCGCGAUCUGGAGGCCCGCUACGCCAACGAUCCGUUCCGCUUCCCGAGAAACUAAGCCCUUGGGGAGGGUCCGCGCAUCUUCCUACUCAUAAUCUGAAUAAUGUAAUAAGCGUGAGAGAGGGUGUGUACUGUUAUUAAAAAAGAUAUUGCUUUUCAAUUUA